AAAAUUUCGAUAAAUAAAUGCUUAAAUCGCGAAAUUUCUAUCGAUAUGAACGUAAAACAGUCGAAAUUCUUGGUCAAAAGAGAAAAAACGGGCAGUUAUCGUUCAUUUCAAGAUUUGUUACGGUAUUGUGUAAUCCAACAUGGCGGCCGUCAUGAAACAAAGCUUUAAAGUUGAAAAUUCUUGUAAAUAAAUGCUUAAAUCGCGGAAUUUCUACAGAUAUGCACAUAAAACAGUCGAGAGUAUUGGUUAAAAGCAAAAAACGGGCAGUUAUAAUUUAUUUUACGUGAAUAUUUUGAGCAAAAGUUAGGGCAUUGUGUAAUCAAACAUGGCGGCCGUCAUGAAACAAAGAGCUUUUUAAGUUGCAAAUUCUUGUAGUAAAUGCUUAAAUCACAGAAUUCUACAGAUACGAACGUAAAACAGUCUAGAUUAUUGAUUACAAGCAAAAAACGGGCAGGUAUCGUUCAUGUUACGUAAAUAUUUCAAGCAAAUGUUACGGUAUUGUGUAAUCCAACAUGGCGGCCGUCACAAAACAAAGCGCUUUUUAAGUUGAAAAUUCUUGUAAAUAAACGCUUAAAUCGCGAAAUUUCUACAGAUAUGAACAGGGGCGGACUGGGACUAAAAAGCAGCCCUGGACUUUGACUCAGCCCAGCCCACAAGAAUCGCUUUACGAAGGGAAACAGACCCCCUAGGGGUGUCUGGGGGCAUACCGCCCAACCCCCCAACCCCGGGGAGAAUUUUUUUUUAUUUUUAUUUUUUUACAUUUUAUUGUAAAAUGCAUCAAUUUCUUGCACUUUAAGAGAAAAUGAAGAAAAUAUGUCUAGACUGUCACUGUCUGGGUGGCACGGUGGCUUAGUGGUUAGCACAUCUGCCUCACAGUUCUGAGAUCAAGGGUUCAAUCCCGGGCUUCGGCCUUCCUGUGUGGAGUUUGCAUGUUCUCCCCGUGCCUGCGUGGGUUUCCUCCGGGAACUCUGGUUUCCUCCCACAUCCCAAAAACAUGCACGGUAGGCUGAUUGAACACUCUAAAUUGUCCGUAGGUAUGAGUGUGUGCGUGAAUGGUUGUAUGUCUCCUUGUGCCCUGUGAUUGGCUGGCAACCAGUUCAGGGUGUCCCCUGCCUACUGCCCGUAGUUGGCUGGGAUAGGCUCCAGCACCUCCGUGACCCUCGUGAGGAAAAGCGGCAUGGAAAAUGAAUGAAUGAAUGUCACUGUCUGACUUGGGGCGCUCAAAGUACUGCAAGGCUGAACUGGAGUUGGGUUCAUUUUCUGUACUAGCUCUAUGAUAGACCUAAAUAAACAAAUGAAAGAAUGUAUUUUUCAAAGCAAGUUUUAAGUAUUCGGGCAAAUUCCACAUUCUGAAACUGUCAAUGAUUAUGAUGAUGAUGACAAUGACAAUAAAUUCAUUCAUUCAUGUAUCCGAUUGAUUAUAAUAUAUCUCUAUAUAUCUCUGUCUAUAAAACAAUUUCAUUGUUUAUGCCAUAAUUCAGUGGUCUCCAAAGUAUUCCACAUAGGGCCGCAGCGGGCACAGGAUUUCAUUCCAACAAAACAAGACAACACCUAUGCACCAAUCUGGUGUCUUACAAGUGUAAUCAGUUGAUUGCAGUCAGGUGCUGCUUGUUUUAGCAGAAACUUCAUUGGUUAAACUGUCGGUACUCGAUCGGUUGAAAGAAAAACCAGGCCCCACAGUGGCCCUUGAGGACCGGUUUGGAGACCCCUGCCAUAAUUAAUCUUGCCAUACAAAUAAUAAAUUUCAAUGAAAAUACAAUAAACAUUUCAAGACAAAUCCUGUAUACAUAACCUUCAUUGGAAAGUAUUAACCAGAAAACAAAACGAUAUAUAAAUGAUUAAAAAUAUAUAUCAAUUUAACUACCUAAACUGUAAAGUAAAACCAUUCAUUUUAUUAAUAUUUUGUUAUAUUUCUUCUGAAUUAAUAUUGCUGCUGCGUGUGCAUACGUUGUUUUACAGCUAAAAUAUUUUUUCUUAGGAGAGUGAUAGUAGGACUAGAAUAUUGUAACUUGACACGAUUGCCAACGGGUACAUCGACUAGCUGGCACUAACCCUUUAAUUGUCAUUUAUUUCAUUUAAAAUGUACCUACCUGGUGGAUAACAAUUGCCAGUAUACCGAACAAGUGACCCUCUUCAUCCAUUUUUACUUGCUCUGCGCUUGUCUGGGGAACUUCCCUCUCGAACUUCCACCAGCUUAUCAUUACCCCCUCCCUCUUUUUUUCUCUCUCCCUGAACCGGCUGCGCGUCAGAGCGGCUGCCGCUCCCCCUCUCACGCCGGGAGUGGGCUGCUGUUACCCGACGUGGCCGUUGCAGCCAGACUGCUGCUUGCGAAAAUAUUUGUCAACUUAUGACAUUUUGAUGCUUCGCUCUCCAGUUUCUUUAAUUUUUUUCUUCCUAACCUUCUUCGCGCCACCCUUCUCUUUUCUUUUUUUUGCCACCACCAUCCAUAUUGUGCAUUAACGCUCGUCGCCAUUUUGCUUCCACAAGGAACCAAUGAAGGCAACUUUGUGCUUCUUUCGUUCUUCUAUCAGACUGGCGAUGAACAGCCAGGCGCAUUGCUGCCACCUGUUGGAUUGGAUGCGAACUGUAGAUAAUCAGAGGCAAGGGGGGACAAAAACAGUGAUGUAUAAUGAAUGGCGGCCGCCGGCCGUCCAGGGCACCGGCCGUUCUGUGAUCCUCCAGAACCCACAGAUUACCAGUCCGCCCCUGGAUAUGAACCUUCACUGGAAGCCAAGGACCAUCUGAAACUUUUUAGCCUCAAAGAUGGAGACAGCAGCACGAAUGACUCCUGGGCCAGGAGGCGAAAACUCUUCAAGGACAGCAAACAACGGAGCUCUGCUGGAGGAAGCUCAUUUACCAGUGACAUCACAGAGGAGUCAGUAUCAGAAGACCCUCCCUCGAUGGACCUGACCAUUCGAGACAAUGAAAACAGAGGAUUUUAUGCAGAAACUUUCCACUCUGUUGCAUGGCUAUAUCAAGGAGAGAAAGAAGUACCCGGUUCCAGUCCAUCCAGUCUCAAGGCAAGAUCUCGAGUUGCUUCAAUUCGCGAGAGAACCGUCGAGAUCAACAAAGGCUUAGGGGAGUAUCCUUGGGGCUUUCGAAUACAGUAUUCGAAACCCAUUGUGGUAACAGAAGUUGACACAAACGGCGCAGCAGAAGAAGCAGGUUUAAUAGUUGGCGACUAUGUCCUGGCUGUCAAUGGAACUGAUGUCACUAGUAUUUCUCACUCUGAGGCAGCUGACUUAGCUCGACAAGGUCCUGAAGAGCUAACAUUGACCGUUGGCUCAGACAUUGGCCGUGGUCCCAAUAUCCCUAGACCAGCAUGUCGCGGUUAUCUUCACAAACGUACCCAGUCUGGUCUCAUUAAAGGUUGGAGGAAGAGGUGGUUUGUACUCACACAUGAUGCCUGGCUUUACUAUUACAGACACAAACGGGAUGAAGGCAAAUGUCAGGCUUUAGCAGCUUUAAAAAUGGAAGGGGCCGAGGUGGGAACAGACCUGUCCCUUGGAAAACCAUUUGUGUUAAAAUGCCAUCCUCUCUCUGCGAAUAGGGUGUACUACCUCUGUGCAACUUCCGGUCAGGAGAUGAAAAGGUGGUUGGAAGCGAUGGAGAGAGCUAUUCAUCCUAUCAUACAGCACCACGUGUGGGAGGAUGUCACCAGACACAACUCCAGUCUCCCUCCACUGGCUGUAAAAAACCCAGAAUGCCUUGGGUUGCUUCAUAAAAUGGAAAAGAGCAAGGACUCGUGGGUGCAAUACUAUUCCAUUUUGAAGGAUGGCUGCCUCUACUUAUACAGUGGAAUCCGUGCAACGCAUGCAUAUGGAGGGAUCUACCUUCAGGGUUAUAUGGUGCGGGAGCAGCAUUUUGGAAGCAAGAAAUCCACCAUUGAGCUGAAACCUCCAUCUGAUGAGUUUAAGACUUUCUACUUCUGUGCAGAGAAUCCAAAUGAGAAUAAACGAUGGAUUGUUGCUUUUAAAGCAUCAAUUAAAAAGUGGCUGCCUUUACGUCAAGCCCUUCAGGACUACAUGUGUCAACCACCAGAGGCAACCAGAAUGUAGAACAGUGAGUUUCAAGCAAGUACUGUACUACAAUAGCAAGAAAAUAAACUGCAACAAUAAAGCUACAAUUUUAAACUCUUAAAUUUUUGUGGAUUUGUAUAAUCAGGUUGGAUUUUUUUUUUGUUUUUUUUUUUUUACUCCAUAUAUUGUUAUGUCCACACAAUAUGUAUUUUUAUUCAUUUUCCGCACUGCUUAACCAUAGACCUCGCUCUCAGUUGACAAGACUGCUCCUAUAUGCGCCAAGGCUUCCGGUAGAAGAGAUGCAGAAAUGUGAGAAACUCCAAAAAGUCAAGAUACUUUUUCUUACCAUUGAAGUUGAAAAUAAAUACUUCAUACUUUUAACACAUAGGUGCCAAAUAAUCAACAAGCGCAAUAACCAUAUGUAAAUAAAUAGCUACAAAAUAGACUGCUGCUAUAUAAUAGUUUGGUACAGGCUCCCAGACUUUUGCAUACAGUGGGGCAAAUAAGUAUUUAGUCAACCACCAAUUGUGCAAGUUCUCCUACUUGAAAAGACUAGAGAGGCCUGUAAUUGCCAACAUGGGUAAACCUUUACCAUGAGAGACAGAAUGUGGGGGAAAAAAAACAACAGGAAAUCACAUUGUUUGGUUUUUAAAGAAUUUAUUUCCAAAUUAGAGUGGAAAAUAAGUAUUUGGUCACCUAAAAACAAGCAAGAUUUCUGGCUGUCAAAGAGGUCUAACGAGCCUCCACUCGUUACCUGUAUUAAUGGCACCUGUUUUAACUAAUUAUCGGUAUAAAAGACACGUGUCCACAAUCUCAGUCAGUCACACUCCAAACUCCACUAUGGCAAAGAGCACUCGAAGGACACCAGAGACAUAAUUGUAGGCCUGCACCAGGCUGGGAAGACUGAAUCUGCAAUAAGUAAAACGCUUGGUGUAAAGAAAUCAACUGUGGGAGCAAUUAUUAGAAAAUGGAAGACAUACAAGACCACUGAUAAGGUCCCUCGAUCUGGGGCUCCAUGCAAGAUCUCACCCCGUGGCGUCAAAAGGAUAACAAGUACGUUGAGCAAAAAUCCCAGGACCACACGGGGGGACCUAGUGAAUGACCUACAGAGAGCUGGGACCACAGUAACAAAGGCUACUAUCAGUAACACAAUGUGCCGCCAGGGACUCAAAUCCUGCACUGCCAGACGUCCCCCCCUGCUGAAGCCAGUACCCGUCCAGGCCCAUCUGCGGUUCGCUAGAGAGCAUUUGGAUGAUACAGAAGAGGACUGGGAGACAGAAGAGGACUGGGAGAAUGUGUUAUGGUCAGAUGAAACCAAAAUAACUUUUUGGUAAAAACACAGGCUCUCGUGUUUGGAGGAGAAAGAAUACUGAAUUGCAUCCGAAGAACACCAUACCCACUGUGAAGCAUGGGGGUGGAAACAUCAUGCUUUGGGGCUGGUUUUCUGCAAAGGGACCAGGACGACUGAUCUAUGUAAAGGAAAGAAUGAAUGAUCUCAACCCCAUAGAAAAUCUGUGGAGGGAGUUCAAAGUCCGUGUUGCCCAAUGACAGCCCCAAAACAUCACUGCUCUAGAGGAGAUCUGCAUGGAGGAAUGGGCCAAAAUACCAGCAACAGUGUGUGAAAAGCUUGUGAAGAGUUACAGAAAACGUUUGGCCUCCGUUAUUGCCGACAAAGGGUACAUAAUAAAGAUGCCAAUCGAUUGGGUCCGAUCACGUCAUUUUCAAAUUAUCGGAAUCGGCAAAAAAAUAUCGGACAUGCCUUUUUUAAAUAUAUAUAUUUUUUAAUUAAAUUGUUUUCCAAUUGUACUAAAGUUAAAGACAAAAUGUCUUACACUCAUCCAGUCUUUAGUUUUGGUUUAAAGUAGGGUUGUCAAAUUUAUCGCGUUAAUGGCGGUAAUUAAUUUUUUUAAUCACGUUAAAGUAUUUAACGCAAUCAACGAAUGCGCUGCAAGACCCACUCACGCAAUGUCGCGUUCAAUCUAUAAUGGCGCCGUUUUACCUCUUUAUAAAGCUAAAAGGCAGCGUAAAAUGAGUAGAGUGAAUUUUGGCAGCCUUUAGAGCCUUUUUUUAAUUGGCUUAAGCCUUACAACCCCUCUCUCAACAAUUAGAAAUAUCGUGGCAAGCAAUGUGGGGAAGAAAGGUAGUAGUUGAUCUUUUUCUAAACACCCUAUGUUAUUUCCCAACGCAGAGAAGAUAUAUCAAUUGGUGCCGCUUUGCAUAGUCAUGGUUGCACUUCCCAUCAUGCAUUUGGGCAGAACAGUUAAAUGGCUACAGUAUCAUUUACUGAAAGCUCAGCAAAUACACUACAUGGCAAUAUUUAGUCACAAUUUACAAAGUCACAUUUAUCCUUUAAGAAUUACAAGUCUUUCUAUUCGUGCAUCCCUCUCACAGAAAGAAUGUUAAUAAUGUAAAUGCCAUCUUGAGGAUUUAUUGUCAUAAUAAACAAAUACAGUACUUAUGUACUGUAUGUUGAGUGUAUAUAUUCGUCCGAGUUUUAUUCAUUUUUUUCUUAAUGCAUUGCCAAAAUGUAUAUGAUUGGGAAAAAUUAUCGUGAAUGAUUGGAAUUGAAUCGGGAGCAAAAAAAAAAAAAGCAAUCGGAUCGGGAAAUAUCGGGAUAGGCAGAUACUCAAACUAAAUUGAUCAGAUAGGGAGCAAAAAAACAUGAUCGGAACAACCCUAGUACAUAACAAAGUAUUGAGAUGAACUUUUGGUGUUGACCAAAUACUUAUUUUUCACCAUGAUUUGCAAAUAAAUCCUUUAAAAAUCAAACUGUGAUUUUCUGUUUUUUUUCCCCACAUUCUGUCUCUCAUGGUUGAGGUUUACCCAUGUUGACAUUACAGGCCUCUCUAAUAUUUUCAAGUGGGAGAACUUGCACAAUUAGUAGUUGACUAAAUACUUAUUUGCUCCAGUGUAAUUGUGUGUCCUCUUUAUUUCCUGGAAUGUAUCUUCAUGCAACAGUUUUUUUGUUUUUUUUAAAAAUACAAGUCAAAACAGUUGCCUAUGAAUGUUGCCGAGAUUUGGCUGUCGUGAUACUGUACUGUACUGUCUUCUCAUCUUUUUAUUCAGCAUGUUUUAUGUCAUGACAGACAAAUUAUACAAUAAAAAUUUUCAUGUGAUAUCACUUUUUUGGCCAGAAGGAUUGUCUCUGUUUUUCUAAUUAUUCAAAGCGAUUUUCGUGUGUUGGUGUGUG